GUCUCUUCCUCUCUGGCAGGACGUGAUCUUCCACGGCGAGUGCUGAGGCUCACAGGAAAGCCACCAUGGCCAGCGCCUCUGUCAAGGUGGCUGUGAGGGUGCGGCCUUUCAACUCCCGGGAGAUCAGCCGGGACGCAAAAUGCGUCAUCCAGAUGCAAGGGAAAACUACCUGUAUCACCAAUCCCAAGAUGACAAAAGAUGCUGCCAAAAACUUCACCUUCGACUAUUCCUACUGGUCCCACACCUCGGAGGAGGACCCCCACUUCGCGUCCCAGUGGCAGGUGUACAAGGACAUUGGGGAGGAGAUGCUGCUUCAUGCCUUCGAGGGCUACAAUGUCUGCAUCUUCGCCUAUGGCCAGACGGGGGCCGGCAAGUCCUACACCAUGAUGGGCCGACAGGAGACUGGGCAGCAGGGGAUCAUCCCGCAGCUGUGUGAGGAUCUCUUUGCCCGCAUUGCCCAGAGUCGUGCCCACGACCUCUCCUACUCCGUGGAGUUUGUGACCGUAGCUGCCACCAAUAUGAAUGAGACCAGCAGCCGCUCCCACGCCGUGUUCACCAUCGUCUUCACACAGAGGAGACAUGAUGAGCUGACAGACCUGGACACAGAGAAGGUCAGCAAAAUCAGCCUGGUGGAUCUGGCCGGCAGCGAGAGGGCGGAUUCCUCUGGGGCAAAGGGCAUGAGGCUAAAGGAAGGUGCUAACAUCAACAAGUCGCUGACCACGCUGGGGAAGGUCAUCUCCGCCCUGGCCGAGCUGCAAAACAACAAGAAAAAGAAAUCCGAUUUCAUCCCCUACCGUGACUCGGUGCUCACCUGGCUGCUCAAAGAAAACCUGGGUGGUAACUCCCGCACGGCCAUGAUCGCUGCUUUGAGCCCCGCCGACAUCAGCUAUGAGGAGACCCUGAGCACCCUCCGCUACGCGGACCGCACCAAGCAGAUCCGUUGCAACGCGGUGAUCAACGAGGACCCCAAUGCCCGGCUCAUCCGUGAGCUGAAGGAGGAGGUGGCCCGGCUGCGGGAACUGCUUUUCGCCCAGGGCCUCUCCGACGCUCCCCACCUUGGCGGCUUGAAGGGGGAGGAGCCUGCUGGCCCCCCUCCUGCUCCCAUGCUGCCCUUUGACCCUGCUGCCAAGCCCCAGACCCCCACUACCCUCAAUGGGGCAUCUGAGCCCUUCCCCAUCCUGGAUGACCAGGAUAUCUGCACGGAGGAGGCCAUGGAGAGACUGCAGGAGACAGAGAAGAUAAUAGCGGAGCUGAAUGAGACAUGGGAGGAGAAGCUGCGGAAAACCGAGGCCCUUCGGAUGGAGAGGGAGGCGCUCUUGGCUGAGAUGGGUGUGGCUGUGCGGGAAGAUGGUGGCACGGUGGGGGUCUUCUCCCCUAAAAAGACCCCGCACCUGGUGAACCUGAAUGAGGACCCGCUGAUGUCAGAGUGCCUGCUGUACCACAUCAAGGACGGCGUGACCAGGGUGGGCCAAGUGGAUGUGGACAUCAGGCUGACAGGACAGUUCAUCAGGGAGCAGCACUGUGUCUUCCGCAGCUGCCCCAAUGCUGCUGGGGAAGCCAUCGUCACGCUGGAGCCUUGCGAUGGAGCUGAAACCUAUGUCAAUGGGAAGCUGGUGACGGAGCCACUGGUCCUACGGUCAGGGAACCGCAUCGUGAUGGGCAAGAACCAUGUGUUCCGUUUCACCCACCCGGAGCAGGCGCGCCUGGCCCGAGAGCGCAGCGCCCCAGCGGAGCUGCCAGCUGAGCCCGUGGACUGGAGUGUGGGCAUUGACAUCAAGCUGGAGAUGGAGAAGAGGCUGCAGGACCUGGAGAACCAGUACCGUCGGGAAAAGGAGGAGGCCGACUUGCUCCUGGAGCAGCAGCGGCUGUAUGCUGACUCAGACAGCGGGGACGACUCGGACAAGCGCUCGUGCGAGGAGAGCUGGCGCCUGAUCUCCUCGCUGCGGGAGAAGCUGCCAGCCACCAAGGUGCAGAGUAUUGUGAAGCGCUGCGGGCUACCUAGCAGCGGCAAACGGCGGGAACCCCUGCGGGUCUACCAGAUCCCCCAGCGGCGCCGCAUAGCCAAGGACCCCAAGUGGGUCACGCUGGCCGACCUGAAGAUGCAGGCGGUGAAGGAGAUCUGCUAUGAGGCAGCGCUCAAUGAUUUCAAACACAACCGCCCAGAGAUUGAGGCCAUGAGCAUUGUGAAGAUGAAGGAGCUGUGCCGGCUCUAUGGCAAGCGGGACCCCCACGAGAAGGAGUCCUGGCGUGCCGUGGCCCGGGACGUCUGGGACACCGUGGGUGGGGGUGAGGAGCGAGGAGAGGAAGAUGGCAAGGCAGGCGGCAGCUCCCACCCGGACGUGGACGACUUGCGAGCCCACAUCGACAAGCUGACCGACAUUCUGCAAGAGGUCAAAAUCCAGAACAACAUGAAGGAUGAGGAGAUCCGGGCGCUGCGGCACCGUGUGGUGAAAAUGGAACAGGUCCUCCCCUUUCCCCAGGAGGACGGGGUGGACGAGGACCUGGAGAACGACUGGAGCUCUCCGCUGUUGGAGGCAGGGCCAGAAGAUGAUGCAGGGUCCCAGGACGGAGUGGGGAGCCAGGAGUCCCUGUGUGCCAAGGAAGAGCCGUCUGCCUCCAGUUACGAGCGAGUGUGCCGCCUGAUGGAGCAGGACCCAGCUUUCCGGCGUGGGCGCCUGCGCUGGCUGAAGCAGGAGCAGGCCCGGCUGCAGCAGCAGCAGCUCUGCAGAGGCCUUCGGCGCCAGCUCCACACCCCUGGCAAGUUUGUGCCCCCUCAGGACUGCAAGCUCCGCUUCCCCUUUAGGAGUAACCCGCAGCACCGCUACUCCUGGGGACCCAGCGCAGCCUUCAUGGUGGGUGGGGGUGAGGAGGUGGCAGCGGAGGGAGCCAGCCCAGAGCAGGAGCAGUUGGAGCCGGGCUCUCCCAGGCCCCAACGGUGUUGGCAGUACAGCCCCCAGCACAAACAUUGCAGCCGGCAGCGACUGCGCCGGCGCAACUCUCUCGACGGGGGCAACCGGGCCAAGCCCUCCCACCCUGGCGGCCCAGAGCCGUACCAGCCCCGCAAGCACCACCCCUACCCACAGCACCGCCCGAACCCAGCCCCACGCCCCUAUACCACCCCACCCCGCAUGCGCCGUCAACGCUCGGCCCCCAACCUCCAGGACCAUGAGACCCUGCUGUAGCACCUAUCCCACAGGCCAGACUCUGGAGAGGGUGGGGGGGGCUCUGGAAUGAAGGAUCAUGGGAAAAUCAGAGGCAGCAGUUGACUGUGGAGGAUCAUAGGAAAUUGUGGUGAGCUACAGAGGAUUAUGGGGAAAGGAGUGAAAGAGAAUCUGUGGAAAAGGAGAGACAGUGGCUGAGCUGUAGGGGAUCAUGGUAAAUAUUCAUGGAAAAAUUGGAGAGGAGGAGGAGGAUGGAAAUUGGUGCAAACUGCAGAGGCUUAUGGGAAAAUCAGGGUGAGUGGCAGAGGAUCAUGGGAAAAUUGGAGUGGGGCCAUUGCAGAUGAUGCUGGAAAAAUGGGAGUGGAGGGUCAUGGGAAAUUGGGAUAAGCCCCAAAGGAUUAUGGGAACCUGGGGUGAGCUGUAAAGGAUCAUGGGACAUUAGGAAUUGGAGGAUUGUGGGAAAGUGGAGGCCCUGGUGGAACUAUAGAGGAUGAUGGGAAAUGGGGCCGAAGGCCAAGCCACAGAGGGUUGUGGGAUCCAGGGUUGGGGAGCUGCAGAGGACCAUGGGAAAUCAAACUAGGAAGGCUGCUCGGUGAUGGGUUUGCUGCUGGGUUUGGCCCUGAGACUUCAGGAUCCCUGGGUCGAUAGGGAAAAACAUUGGGUGCCUGGCCCCAAAAGACCCCUGGGGCGCAUCACCCAUCCUCAGCCCAGCUUGCACAAGGACAAUCAGGUUCAUUGUCUCCAACAUCUCACCAUGAGGGGUUCUGGCCCUGGCACCCCCUUCCCCUCCAGCAGUAGCUUUAUGGGGCACAUAGGGCUCCCCACAGCUGGGGGUAAAGGAAGCAGAUGGCAGAAGAAUGCGGGGGGGGGAAGCUGCGGGGGGAUGUGUUAAUACAAUGGGGAGGGGGUGGCUGAGUCCCUGGGCUGCUGGUUGACAGAAUCUCUGGUGGGCCCUGGCACAGGACAGUUGUCUGGGGGUUGGGGGGAUUUUGGAAAGACAGUCGCUGUGUCUACACUGGUGCAAUCUCGCGCAAAAGUGGCCGCUCUUACACAAAAACUUGCUGCCUGUCUACACUGGCUGUGUGUUCUUGUGCAAGUAAACUGACGUUCUAA